UCCUUUAUUAGUCCUUCAGUGGGGACAUUUCAUUAUCACAGGAGCGGGUGCACAUUAGAGAAGUAAUACAAGAUCAAAAUAAAACACAAUAACAAUAUAGUAAAUACUAAUACUAAAUAUACAGAGGAAACUAAAUAUAUAUAUAUAAGGCAUUGUAUCUAAUUCAAUUCGGUAUAUUUUGUAUAGCCUAAUAUCACAAAUUACCAAUUUUGCCAUUCUGUACACUUAGGGUUAUGUUUUUGCUGCUUAUGUCUGUGAUGUAAAUUAUGUAUUGGUUGAUUGAGACCGGUUUGUCAGAUGGGAAAUCAUAUGGAUCAUGUGAUUGUUGCUCAUAAAGCACAGUGCAGCCAUGACACAACAAGCCCCCUGGCGGUUGUUCAUUGCCACUUCCGCGGAUAUUCAAAACAGAAAUUACCGUAAUGACGCUGAUAUAGCAGGGCGUAUUUUUCUGGAGACGACAUUUGAAAAAGCGGUGUUAGUAAUGUGGUGGUCUACAUGCGAGGACUGGAAGAGUAAAAGUCACCAGGCAUUUUCUAAAAGGAGACCACGCUUGUAACAAGAUCAUUAUCAAUUUACCAGGAGCAACACACCAUCACAACUUCCUCCCAUGUCGGAAGCAAAAGACGGAGAAGAGCCACCCAAAAAUACGCAAAAGGAGCGCCUGUCCAGAGUGUUUGACAAAGUGAUGGGGCUUGGGGACUUUGCCGACGCGUCCAGAGGCUCUGCCAGCUCUUCCCGGAGCGGAGGUCAGGACGAGACAACGGGAGCAGACAAAACCUCAGGAGCAGGGGAACACCAACCGGUGAAAGAGGAGGAACCCAACGGCGGUAGUAAAGUAGAAAAGACGGACAAGCCGAUGGGAGAGUCCUCCAUUCCUCACAGUUCCUCCCCUUCCACUGUCCCACCCUCCUCGGUUACCGUGGGAACUAAUGAAAGAGGAGGGAGUGGAGGGGCCGCAUGUGAUGACACACUAGAUAGCCUUCCUGUGUUUGGGCCGGAGAAGGAGGAGAAGGUUGAACAAGAAGAUGAUGAUGAUGAUGAUGUUGAGGCAAUAAAGGAAGACUGUGAGUUUGACAAUCGACUGGCCCCGGUGCUCGAUGGUGAUGAAAUACCAAAAAAAGCGGUCCAAGCAAGAGUUGGAAACAACGCAACUCCAGACAAACCCUCUGCCCUUCAGCCCAGAGAGGAGGAGGAGGAGCAAGAGGAGGAGGAGGAAGAAGAACAAGAAGAUGAUGAUGAUUAUCUUGAGGACAAAAGGAAAGACGUUGAAUAUGCAAAGAAUUGCAUUCAUGCAAAGAAAACAAACGAAGACAUGCACCAUAAAUUACCAGAAGACGUGGAUCGUGCCAAUCGAGGCAACAGCGCCACUCCAGGCAAACCCUCUGCCCUUCAGCCCAUAGAGGAGGAGGAGGAGAAGAAGCAAGAGAGGGGAGGGAGCACAGACUCUGCUAACACCUCCCACUCCUCCAAGGACCACACACCUGAGAACAGCCAAGGUGGAAGCAUCCUGACCCAGGUGGAGGACACUGAGGACAGCCAGGAGGGAGAGGUCGGGCUCUGGGAAGAUUGUCAUGCAACUGCAAUUCUUAAAUCUUUGAACCGCCGGUUGGUAAUUCUGAAUACUCUCUCGUCAUCUCAGAGGUCAGAGGCGGCGCCGAUGGAGGACAGUAAUCCCCCGUUGUCGGCUCCAAUCAAUAUUAAAGACGAGCCCAUCGACGAGGGCUACGACAACGCGUUACUGCCUCAGAGCUCCAUCAGACAGAUCAAAGAGGAGCUGGAGAAUCAGGAGGAGGAGCUGCGGAUCAGCUCCGUCUACUCCGUAGGUGGAGGGAACACCUUUACGUCCCCUACCGUUCCAGCAGCAGCCCAAGCUCCCACUCAGACGGCCAUUUGUAUCCCAGGUCGAGGCGCCGUCCUCCAAGCCAUGAGUCUCAGACCACCGGCCCCUCUUCCACUACCAGCCCUGGUCACAGCACCCCCACGCCCACCUCCGCCCUCCGUUCCUGGGAGCGUUCGCUGCAGUGGCUGCUCGAAGGUUCUGCUGAAAGGCCAAACGGCGUUCCAGAGAAAAGGCUCGACGCAGCUCUUCUGCUCCACGGUCUGUCUGACCGGCCACCUGCCCACAGCCGGCAAGAACAAAGCAUGUUUCCAGUGCAACAGGGAGAUCCUUCAGCCCAGGGACAUGAUCACCAUUCCAGGAGACAACAGCACCUUCAUCAACUUCUGUGGCCAGUUCUGUCUCUCCGUCUUCAGACAGAAGAAGAAACCGUCCGACAAGAUCCCCGAUAAAACGGUGGAGAAUAAAGCAGAGAAGCCGCCUGAGAAACCAGCGGAGCAGCCACCUGACAGACCCAUUUGCAGCGUCUGCAGAGUCUCUAAUCGGCAGAUUGAGCACGAGGUCACCCAUCAAGGUCGUCUGCACAAACUCUGCAGUGACGCGUGCUUCGUAACGUGGCGCAAGAUGCGGCACCUGGCGAUGAACUGCUGCGAAGGCUGCGGACUCUACUGCAGCAACAGCUCCGGCGCCUGUCAGACGCUCACCAUCGACAGGUCCCAGCUCAACUUCUGUGGUCCCACCUGCAUCAACACCUACAAACGGGAUUGCAGAAAGACCUCCGAGUGUGCCAACUGUCACAAAAUGGCGAUCGUGGCUUUCACCUUCAUGGAACGAGACCAACGGGGCAAAGUCCAGCUGUACUGUUCAUCUUCUUGUGUGGAACGCAGUCGACCACCGAAACACGUCCUCGAUGGUACUGCGUUCCCCUGCUGCCUGUGCAAGGUGUCGGCUGUUCCUCAGUACCAUCUGGCCAUGGUGGACGGCACCAUUCGUAACUUCUGCUCCUACGACUGCGUUUGCACAUACAGGAAGUCCGGGAUCGCCUCUCAGUCGGACCUCAUCAAUGGAGCCUCCAUCCUCAGGGACGCCGCCAAACCAGCGAGCUCAGUCCCUCCCGUCCCUCAGGACCACCCAUCUUCAGCCCCCUACCAGGCCCCCCAUCACAGUCAUACCUCAGCGCCCCCACUGGCGCCUCCCUACCCAGCCAUCUCCUCCCCCUCUGUCCCCGGGAAAGCCAGACCACCUGCUGGUAAGACCCUGAAACCAGCGGAGGGCGACGAGCUCACCGACGUCACCAAGCUGACCUGCCAUCAGUGCAGCAAGCAGUUCAAAGUGACGCCGCUGCUCUUCAGUCUCCAAGGUCAGAUCUCCAUGUUCUGCAGCAAGGCGUGCUGUGAGCAGUACAAAACCCAGAAGAAUAUCCUGAUCAUGUGCGAGUUCUGUAAACAGGAGAAAGUGCUCUUUGACACCAUCAGCUACAACCAACAGGACCUGAUCUUCUGCAGUGAAAGCUGUAAGCAGCUUUAUAAACACGAGCUGACGUCUCGUAACAAGGAUCAUUCUUGGCGUCCCUGCACCUACUGCACCGGCGUCAGCCAGAAGAUGCUGCACAGCCACUACGGAGGCAAGAUGGAGGAGUUCUGUCGACCCCACUGCAUGUCCCAGUACACGGUGCUCUUCUACGGGAUGGGUCGGUGUGAUGGUUGUCGGAAACAGGGCUACAUGGCUGAGAAGCUGCAGUGUUUGGGUUCAGUCCGUAAUUUCUGCCACCUGCCCUGCUUGCUGCAGUACUGCUUCCUGCAUUUUGAGACGAGCCAACCCCCCGCCAGCAGCAACGGUGCCGGAACGGCCCCGCAAACACCGUUUGCUCCGGCGCAGCCUCAGCACUCGUCCAAGAUGAAUCCCGUCAUCGCCGAUGUCGUGUCGCUGGCCAACGGCUCUGCCAGUCAGCCCAGCGUGUCGGCAGACGCCGCUCUUACCGGAGCACUGCCGACCUCCAACGUUGAUGGGAAGAACCUAGACCAUGCCAGCACUCAGACCGACGCCGUGCCAACGCCCCGUCGACGUCAAAUGAAGAACAAGUCGGUUCUGUGUCGGCCCUUCACCGUGGACAAGGAGAGCAUGUGCCAGCUGCCCGCACCCUGCGAUAACUUAACAGCUCUGCGAGAUGGCUCCUCGCAGCCCGACCAGCCGUCUGCGGAGGCGUCCACAUCUCCAGCGGCGCCGGCGAAACCUCAGGGAGAAACUCAGCCGCGUACCGGCGUGCCGGCGCGCCUGACCGGGCGCCAUUUCCUGGCCAUGAGGGAGACCGACUCUGACUGCAAGGUCUGCUCGCAACACAAGAGGAAGAAAGUGGAGGAAGAGGAGCAGGAGGAGAUGAAGAAGAAGAAAAGGAAAACAAACACUGGGGAGGAGGAGGAGGAGGAGGAGGAGCCAGGGAGGAAAACGGAAGAAGAGUCGGAGGAGGCGAAGGAGGUGAACUCAUGUGAGGGCAAAGAGGCGGAGCUCUCUGAAGCCAAGCCCUGUGAGCAGAGGGGCGGGGCGGCGAGGAGGCGGACGCCGUAUUACUGCAAGACGUGUUCAGGGGAGCCGAGCCUCUGCCCCGCGCCCUGCUUUGAACUCUACCACACCAGACUCAUCUACAAGUCGGCCCCCCAACCCGACGCACAAGCCUCCUGACCUCCUGACCUCCUGACGCGAGGAGUCGUCUUCUCCCCAGACCGCCGCGGGCCGAGCUGAAACGACAGGGCCGACCGGCUGUGUUCGCAACACGGCGUCCGUGUCCCUAACCUCCCUCGUGUGUGUGUGGUCGUCUUGUUUGAGCUCAACCCCAAACCUUAUGGACGGUAAACGCAGAACACCUGAUUGUUGUCACGACGCACCUAAAGGGCGCUUUGGUGUUGUUUCAACUGUCGGUGGCAGUAUUUACACGGGUCUUCGAGGCCCUCUCUCUACCUCCAGAGGGUAGUUAUUUAGUGAGACGGUGUCGUCGUCUGCAGCCGACGGCCUGACGAUCCAGAAGAGACGGAUAUACUUCCUUAAGUGCUUCGCUGAGCGACACCAGGGUGCUGCAAGCGACAAUACCUCAUUUAUUACCCUGCAUGUCAUUAAAGAUCUGGAUCCUGGUGCGUUUGUCAAGUGUCCUAAAACUCCUUCUGUGAUAUGUUUACUGACUCGUUUCACUUGAUUUGUGUACUUUAUGUUCAUUUUCCGGUGUUACACUUUAUUUAUGGAGCAUUCCCACGCACACGCGUAUCUUUAUGCCGCCAUCACAGCCCUCGAUGCGACGUCACUGACCGAAACCUGAUGGUUACACUCAUUAAGGUCACUUGUGCCUACCUGCUCCCCCAGAUGCAGCUCGUGGAGAGAAGGAAACAGAACCGUUGGACACUUUAUCAUAAGAGGGGUCACGUUGUUAAACCAACUUCUGAUGUGUUUUUUUAUUUAUUUUACAGCAAAACUCAUUUAUGUUGAAAUCCAAACUGAAAAUGUGCCCAACGAGAAGCUGAAGGCUCGAGGAGUUUUUUUCCGGGCGACUGCUGCUAGACGUGCUUCUACUUUUGAACGACACACUCGCAAGAACAAUCGGUAUUAAUAAUAAUAAUGUGUGUUACUGUAAGUUCUUGUCAAACUGUCUUUUUUUAAAUAAAUAAAGAAAAGGGGAUCUUUACCCCCAUCUAGAAGAAUAAAUUAAAUUAAGAUGCGGGAACCGUACCAGAUUGAAUUCUCCCACUAAGGAUCAAUUAGCUGGUGUUAAAGCUGCUGGUUGGAUGAGGAAAGAGGGCAGUCACACCCAAUGGGUGACCUUAGGUGGUGGGUUGACCCGUGCUGCCAUGGCGCCCAGAGGAGGAGUUCAAUGGAGUAACAUCCACCUGUAAGGCGUUGAGACGCAGAGAUCUGCACAAGAAGUUCCUUUGCAGCCUGAAUGAGGAGAACAGCUUUCAGUGGAUGGUCACUUCUCUUCUUUGUACUGUAAUGCUACAUUUUAAUGUUUCUUCUGAAUGUGAAUUAUAAGUUGAAUCCCUUGCUGUGCCUCAACGCUGACGUCACCGUCUGCUGGACGCUUGAUUUGACGGCCGCCCCGUGAGGCGUCUGACGGUUCACGGUCGACUUCUUUUACAUUUCCUGUCUGUUGUAAAUUCUGUUAUUGCAUGUUUUUUUGUGUGUGUUUUUUUAUGAUGAUGACGUGGAUCGGAUUGAAAGAUCCUGUUGCAUUGAUGCCUCUUUUUUUAAAUAAAUUGGUCAAUAUA